GGGCGAUUCCUUCAUUCUUGAAUACAAUUUCGGCGCGUUGCCUUUUGCAGUAAGUUUCCAAAAUGGCUGAGGUAGAAGCUCGUCAAAUAGCCAUUCUAGAAACUGUUGAAGACAUUCAAAAUCGGCGUGAUCAAGUUUUACGGCGCUAUGCGGAGUUCAAAGAAGCAACUCGACUCCGGCGGCAGCGAUUAGAAGAUGCGAAACGCUACCAUCAAUUCAAGCGUGAUGCAGAUGAAGUCGAAGCGUGGAUCAACGAGAAACUGCAGAUCGCUUGCGAUGAAUGCUACAAGGAUCCAACUAAUCUUCAGGGAAAACUUCAGAAGCAUCAGGCUUUUGAAGCAGAGAUCUCAGCUCACAGCAAUGCUAUUGUUGAACUUCAAGAGAAUGGAGAAGGCAUGAUCAGUGAGUCUCAUUAUGCCUCUGAACUUAUCAGAGAGCGGCUUGAUUCCCUCAUUAAGCUGUGGGAGCUACUGCUUUCUAAGUCAGCAGAGAAAGGUCGCAUGCUUCUUUUCACUCAGAAAAGAGUACACUUCCUCCGUGAAACAGAAGAAGUCAUGUCCUGGAUUUUGGAGAAGGAAGCAAUUGCCACUUCAGAAGAGGUUGGAAGAGACCUUGAACAUGUUGAAGUGCUGCAGAAGAAAUUUGAUGACUUCUUAAAGGAUAUCCAGGCCAAUGAGUCUAGGAUCACAUACAUCAAUGAUCUUGCUCAUCAACUGGGUGAUGAAGGCCAUCCAGAUAUAGAACUGAUCAGCACAAAGCAAACGGAAGUUAAUGAAGCAUGGGAAAGGUUGAAGAUGCUGGCACUAAAACGCCAAAAGAGACUUGCAGGAGCUCAGCAGAUACACAGCUUCUAUCGUGAUGCUGAUGAAACCAAGAACUGGAUCAAUGAGAAGGACAAAGUGCUGUCUUCAGAUGACUAUGGAAAGGAUCUUGCCAGUGUCAAUGCCCUGUUAAGAAAGCAUGAAGCGUUAGAAAGAGACUUAGCUGCAGUGGAAGACAAGGUGACAGCCCUUGGCCAGGAGUCAGAUCAAUUGCAAGAAGCCCAUCCAGACAGUGCUGAUGAAAUUGCUGCAAAGCAAGAUGAGAUAGUCACGGCAUGGGGAAACCUCAAGGACAAGUCUGGAGUAAGAAAGACAAGGCUAGAGGACUCAUACAGGCUUCAGAGAUUCAUCAGUGAUUACAGGGACCACAUCUCAUUUAUAAAUGAAAUGAAAGUCUUGAUCCAAAGUGAUGAACUGGCAAAAGAUGUUGCAAGUGCAGAAAGUCUUCUGGAGAGACACCAGGAACACAAGGGUUACAUUGAUGCUUCAGAGGAUGGAUUCAAGAAGUUUGCUGAUGAUGGAGAAGAACUUGUCAAUUCUAAUCAUUAUGCCAGUGAUGAGAUCAAAGAAAAGCUCACAAGCCUGGAAACAGAGAAGAUGGAACUGCUAGAGCUGUGGGAGAAGAGACGUGUCCAGUUUGAGCAGUGCAUGGAACUGCAGCUUUUUAAUCGAGAUUGUGAACACGCUGAUGCUACCAUGACUAAACAAGAGGCAUUUCUUGCUGAUGAUAACCUGGGGGAUUCCCUUGAUGGAGUGGAGGCAUUGAUCAGAAAACAUGAAGAUUUUGACAAGUCUUUUGCUGCCCAAGCAGAGAAGAUCAACAGUAUUGAUGAGUAUGCAAACCGCCUCAUUGACAGUAAUCAUUAUGCCACUGAUGAGGUUCGUGAGAGGAGAGAUGGAAUAGUGGAAAGGCGGCAGAACAUUGAGGAGCUGUCCAAGGCCCGCAGGUCACAGCUUGAGGAAUCUCGUAAGCUGCAGCAGUUUGAGAGAGAUGCUGAUGAAGUCAAAAGCUGGAUCACUGAAAAGCUGAAAAUUGCUUGCGAUGAAUCUUACAAGGAUCCAACCAACCUGCAAGGAAAAAUCCAGAAACACCAAGCCUUUGAGGCUGAGCUGAAUGCCAAUCAAAGUCGACUUGAUGCAGUAGAUAACACUGGAGAACAGCUGAUUGGAGAUGAACACUAUGCUUCAGAACAGAUCAGAGAAAGGCUUGAUGAGCUGCAUAAGCUGUGGGCCUAUCUGUUUGAGAGAUCAAACGAUAAAGGGAAGAAAUUAAAGGAUGCAGCUCAACAACAGCAGUUCAACCGAGGUGCUGAGGAUGUGGAGUUAUGGUUCACUGAAGUUGAAAACCUUCUCGCUCUUGAGGAUGUUGGAAAGGAUCUGACAAGUGUGCAGAACCUCCAGAAGAAGCAUGCUAUGAUUGAGGCUGAUGUCAUUGCUCGUGCAGAUAAAAUUGAAGUUGUCAAUACACAAGCAGAGACGUUUGCAGAGCUUGACCACUUUGAUGCUCCAGCUAUCAAGGCAAAGAAAGAGACCCUUAAUGCCAGAUACCAACAGAUACAGGCUCCUCUUCUUGCACGGAAAGCUAAGCUUCAGGAUGCAGAGAGACUUAAGAGAUUCCUCCAUGAUGUCGAAGAUGAAGAGGCAUGGAUCAGAGAGAAGGAGCCUAUUGCUUCAUCUACCAACACUGGACGAGAUUUGACUGGAGCCCAAAAUUUGUCAAAGAAACACCAGGCAUUGAUGACUGAAAUUGCUAGCCAUGAGCCUAGGAUCAGAGCGGUGUGUGACAAUGGCGUGCAAAUGAUCGAUAACGGGCAUUAUGCUGCCGAUGAAAUCAAAGAGAACAUUGACGAUCUUGACCAGAAGUGGCUUGAAUUCAAGGACAAGGCAGCAGUACGUAAAGGUCAUCUGGAUGACUCUCUUCAAGCCCAUCAAUAUCUCGCUGAUGUUGCUGAAGCAGAGUCCUGGUUGAAGGAGAAAGAACCCUUUGUCACCAGCGAUGACUAUGGCAAAGAUGAGGAUAGUGCCCAGGCACUGUUGACCAAGCAUGAUGCCAUCAUGUCAGACUUGAGAGCUUAUGGAACUGUUAUCGAUGGCUUGAGAGAGCAGAGUCAACACUGUAAGCCUUCAGCUCAUGUCACUGACAUCUCAGAUAAGGAAUGUGUGGUUGCGCUGUAUGACUACCAAGAAAAGACAGCCAGGGAGGUCUCCAUGCAGAAGGGGGAUAUUUUGACCCUCCUGAAUUCUAGCAACAAGGACUGGUGGAAAGUGGAAACAAAUGACAGGCAAGGUUUUGUUCCAGCAGCAUAUGUCAAGAGGAUUGACUCCCACAAAGCCUCCCAGGAACUUCUCUCACAGGCUCCUGAAGUGGACUCCGUUGCGCAAAGGCAACAGGCUCUGGAUGACAAAUAUCAAGAUCUGAUGGACAAAGGGGAAGAACGCAAGAGGAAGCUGGAAGACUCCAUUCAACGAUACAGUCUGUUGCGAGAUGCUCAUGAAUUGGAGUCGUGGAUCAAUGACAAGGAAGCCAUUGUCACCUCUGAGGAGAUUGGAAAGGAUUACGAGCAUGUGGAAGCGCAACAAAAGAAGUUUGAUGACUUUGAGAAGGAUAUGAUGGCUAAAGAGGUUCGCAUCAGGGAGCUUACUUUACUGGCAGAGAAACUCAAAGUUGAGCACUAUGCAGAAUAUGAGAUGAUCCGAGAGAUGAUUGAGAGGCUAAAGCAAAAAUGGACCAAUCUUGUAACGAUGUCCGAACAGAGGAAAGAAAAUCUUGACAAUGCUCAAGAAAUUCAUAAAUUCCACAGGGAUGCUGAUGAUACCAAGGCAUGGAUCUCAGAGAAGGACACAGCUCUUUCCACUUCAGAUUAUGGCCGAGAUUUGGCUAGUGUCCAGGCUUUGCAGAGGAAGCAUGAAGUGUUGGAGAGGGACUUGGCUGCAUUGGAAGAGAAGGUCCGUGAACUGAAUGUUGAAGCUGCCAAGUUGACCUCGAGUCAUCCAAAUGCAGCACAAGAUAUUGAAUGGAAGCGACAUGAAUUGGAGGAGGCUUGGGCAAACCUCCGAGAACAGGCUGCUGCAAGAAAAGGCAAACUGAGAGACUCGUAUGACUACUUCCACUUCCUAAAUGAAUUCAGAGAUCUUACUUCCUGGAUCAAUGGUAUCAUGGCACUUGUAACUUCAGAUGAGCUUGCUAAGGAUGUGGCUAGUGCUGAGGCACUCUUGGACAGGCAUCAAGAACACCGUGCAGAAAUCGAUGCCAGGGACAGCACAUUCCAGGCUUUUGAAGAUUUUGGCAAGGACUUGUUGGACAAAGAACACUAUGCCAGUCCUGACAUCCGUGAGAAGUUGGAUACCAUGGCUACAGAGAGAGAAGAACUGGAAAAGGCAUGGGCUGCUCGCAAACAGAGGCUGGACGAAUGUCUGGAGUUACAGUUGUUUAACCGAGAUGCUGAACAGCUGGAGCAGUGGAUGGCAACCCGUGAGGCCAUCAUUCAGAGCGAGGAUGUAGGAGAGGCUGCCGAGGGUGCAGAGGCCCUGAUCAAGAAACACGAAGACUUCACUAAGACGCUGGCUGUGCAAGACGUCAAGAUCAAUGCACUGAAGGACAAUGCCGACAGGCUGAUUGACAACAAUCACUAUGAUUCCCCUGCUAUUGCUGAGAGGAUCCAUGCAGUGUUGGCCAGGUGGGCUACCCUGAAGGCAGCCCUUGUUGAGCGUCGGUCUAAGCUGGGUGAAUCAAAAACCAUUCAACAGUUCAGUCGUGAUGCUGAAGACAUUGAGGCAUGGGUCAGUGAAAAACUCCAGACUGUUCUGGAUGAAUCUUACAAGGAUCCGACCAACCUGCAGUCCAAGUUCCAGAAGCAUCAAGCAUUUGAAGCAGAAGUUUCAGCCAAUCAGGAAAGAGUUCUGGAGACAAUUAACUUAGCAGAAGGCCUGAUUGAACAGCGCAAGUGUGCAGGAAGCGAGGAGAUCGUGAAGGAAAGGAUCACCAAACUUCAGCAGCAAUGGGAGUAUUUGGUACAGAAGUCAAGUGAGAAGAGCCAACAUCUAAAGGAAUCUAAUCAACAGCAACAGUUCAACACUAACGUCAAGGAAUUAGACUUCUGGCUUGGAGAGGUUGAAGCUUCCCUGUCCCAUGAUGAUUAUGGUCGCGACCUGGCCAGUGUGCAGAAUCUCAUCAAGAAGCACCAGCUUGUGGAAGCUGACAUUGCCGCUCAUGAGGAUCGCAUUACAGAUCUCCAAGCUCAAACCCAGCACUUUGCCGAGGUUGGCCAUUUUGAUGCCGACUCUUUGCAGGAUAAAUCCCGUCAAAUUGCUGAUCGUUAUGACAAGGUGAAGGACAUGGCUUCCGAUCGCCAUAAGAAGUUAGAUGAGUCCAAUGCUCUGCACCAGUUCUACCGGGAUGUGGAUGACGAGGAGUCCUGGAUCAAAGAGAAAAAACUGUUGACAAGCUCUGAAGACUACGGCAAGGAUUUGACUGGAGUACAGAACUUGCGCAAGAAACAUCAGCGCUUGGAAGCUGAACUAAACACACAUGAGGCGAGAAUCCAGGCUGUGCUGUUGUGUGGCCGUAAAUUUAUCGACGAGGGACAUAGCAGCUCGGAUGAAAUCAAGGCUCGCUGUGACCAACUGCAGGAAAACUGGGAUGAACUCAAGAAUCUUGCAGAACAGAGGCAGCACAAACUGGACGAGUCUCUUGCCUACCAGCAGUUCAGUGCUAAUGUUGGUGAAGAGGAAUCGUGGAUCAAUGAGAAGAAUACACUUGUUGGAAGCGAUGACUAUGGUGAUACGCUAGCCGCAGUUCAGGGUCUGUUGAAGAAGCAUGAAGCGUUUGAAACAGAUCUGGAAGUUCACAGGGAGAGAGUACAGGACAUUGAAGAUGCUGGAAACAAGCUCAUUGAAAAGGGAAAUCACCAAUCUGAACUGAUUGAACACAGGAUUUCGUCCAUUAAGAGCAAACUGCAGGAGCUGGAGAGAAUGGCAUCCUAUCGAAAGUCCAAGCUGAAUGACAACUCAGCGUUCUUGCAGUUUAACUGGAAGGCUGAUGUGGUGGAAUCUUGGAUUGGUGACAAAGAAGGAAUCGCUCGAUCUGAUGAUCUCGGACGUGAUUUGUCUUCAGUGCAGACACUUUUCACCAAGCAGGAAACCUUCGACUCAGGUCUGCAGGCUUUUGAAAAUGAAGGAAUUGCGCGUGUGACCGUGCUGAAGGAUGAACUAGUCCAGUCUCAACACGAGCAGUCACCUGCCAUCAUUAAACGUCAUGAUGACCUUAUUAGGAGGUGGGAGCAACUGUUGGAAGACUCCAGGACUCGUAAAGAACGACUCCAACAUGCACAGGAUCAGUACAAGAAGGUGGAGGACUUGUUCCUGUUGUUUGCCAAGAAGGCUUCAGCUUUCAACAGCUGGUUCGAGAAUGCAGAGGAAGACCUCACUGAUCCAGUGCGCUGCAACUCUGUUGAGGAAAUACGUGCCUUGCAAGAUGGACACACACAGUUCCGCGCUUCUCUGGACCAGGCUGAAGAUGAUAUCAUGCUGCUCAGGAAGCUUGAUCGCCAAAUCAAAAGCUACAAUGUCUCUAUAAACCCGUACACGUGGUUCACAAUGGAGGCAUUGGAGGAUACCUGGGAGAAUCUGCAGAAGAUUAUCGAGGAGCGUGAAGAUGAUCUGCGCAAGGAAGCCCAACGUCAAGAAUUCAACGACAACUUGAGGCAAGAGUUUGCACAAUCAGCGAACUCCUUCCAUGCAUGGCUUUCUGACACAAGGGUGGCAAUGGUUGACGGGCAGGGAGACCUUGAAGAUCAGUUGGCAGAGGUCAAGAAGAAGAGUGCUGAGAUAGCUGACAGAAAAGAGGACCUAAGGAUCAUUGAAGAUCUUGGCGCUCAAAUGGAAGAGGCCCUCAUCCUGGACAACAAAUACACCGAACACAGCACAGUGGAUCUUGCCCAGCAGUGGGACCAGCUGGAUCAACUGGCCAUGCGCAUGAAACACAAUCUGGAACAGCAAAUCCAGGCCCGCAAUACUACCGGCGUUUCCGAAGAGACCCUCAAAGAAUUCACCAUCAUGUUCAAGCACUUUGACAAGGACAAGACUGGUUACCUGGAUCACCAAGAGUUCAAGUCCUGCCUGCGUUCCCUUGGUUACGAUCUGUCCAUUGUGGAGGAGGGUGAGGAAGAUCCAGAGUUUCAAGCCAUCCUCAGGACUGUGGAUCCGAAUGGUGACGGUGUGGUAUCUAUGGGAGAGUACAUGUCCUUCAUGAUCAGCCGUGAGACGGAAAAUGUUGGUUCCAGUCAGGAAGUCAUCAAUGCCUUCAAGGCGCUCACUGAAGGAGGCAAACGUCCUUAUGUUACUGAGGCUGAACUCUACCAGUCUCUCACCAAGGAGCAGGCCGAGUACUGUAUCGAACGGAUGCGUCCGUACGUCGACGACAAAGGCCGAGAGAUUCCGGGAGCCUACGACUACAAAACGUUCUGCGAGGAACUUUUCUCUUCUAGUUAGAUUAGUGAGUCCAGCAUAAAAAUUAACACAUUUGGUAUGUUUAUCUGAAGACAUGAAACACCUCACGGAAUAGAGUUACAGAAAGAAUAACAAGUAUAGCUCGUCCUAGAGACAUCUGUAUGGUCUUAUUUACCAGUCAACAUCACUUAGUCAGUAAGAUAAUAAGCAUAUCUUUCUGGUAUCUACCGUGAUGACUGUGUAUAAGAGUUAUCAGUUGUUACCAAGAUAAUGUUUAGCCAGGAUAUUGGAAAGCUCUAUUAUAUUAGCAAACAUGAGUUCAUGUAUCGUCAGAAAUUUGGGCCAGAGCAUGCUUAAACUAUCAAUAGGAAAGCCGUGUUUCCUAAGGCAGUGGUUCAUUUUCAAGGCUUCUUGAUCGAGAAGCUUUACUGAAGCAUUUCAUGUCUUGCUGUUUAUUGAUUGGUUCCGUUGAAGUGUUUUGUUGCUGUGUGUCAGAGUGUGACCGUCAUUUAGCUGUAGUCCGGACGUUGACUCUGUUGAGGAUUCAUUAAACGUGGUAAAGCAAUCAA